GAGAUGAAAGGGCUUCUGGAUUUUGGAUGACGCUCCCAAUCACGUGCUCCUAGGAAAUACACUGGCUAUAUUUUUUGGAGCUGCCUCGUCCUGCAUCGCCGACCAUAGUUGUUUUGCAGCGGGCCGGGCAGCUCCUGUCAUGUAAUGUACCUUGCCGUGGUCACUGACGGGUUCACGCUAGUUCGCCGGGUUCACUUGAGGAGAGCCCCCACCCCCUGCUCGCCUCUUCUCCUCCUCAAAGCGCGGCGAUCGGAGCUAAUCCAAUAUUAUUCAUUUAUAUAUUCAUGUCGGAUUCCAUUUUGCCGUGCCGACUGUUGAGGUUCCCUGGGAGCUUUUAAAGUUGGACAAGGGUCCCGCGGCAGCUGAAAGCAUGAAGCAACACUGUGGCUGAUCCAUGACACGAAACUCCGCCCGCCCUCUGCAUCCGACCGGACAAUCAAUCACUCACUUUCCCAUCUCCACAAAGCUACGCGAUGGCCAGCAAGAGGAAAUCCACCGUACCCUGCAUGAUACCAUCCAAAUCCAAACAUGUGCGCGAGGAAAUUUUCCUGGGCUCGCUGCCAGAACUCCUACCCACGAUCCCGGAAGACGGCAUCCUCAGCAUCUCCGGAGAGGAGUCUGGCCACGUCUCUCACAAGUCAUCCAAAUCCGGAUGCAGCAGCGAGGUGCAGAAAGGAGGCACGUACGCCUGUCCCCCGUGCUCUUUCGAGUCCAGAGAUUUGAACUACUUUUUGGAUCACAUGCACAACUACCACCUGGACUUCAGGGCCCAGCCCACUUUCUACUGCCUGAACUGCGCCGUCUCGGUCGUUCGCUUCGAGGCUCUGGCUCUGCAUAACGCCAACACUCAUCCGAAGAUCAUGGAGGGCUCGACGACCGCCUCGCUGAGCGUCAACAAGAGGGACGGCCUCACCACAGUGGAGCAAAGCCUCUUCACCGACAACGGCGACCACUACCGGGAAUCCGGGAUCUCCCUCAGCAAAACCCCCAUUGCCAAGAUGAUGAGAGCCAAGGGAGAGCACAAAAAGAUUGUAGUAUCUCACACCGUGGAAGUAUUGAAGAAAGCCAGUGGGACCGAUGCAGAGCCCAGCAUGCUGACAAAUGUGCCUGAACUCCAAAACGGGGCUCUCAGUCUUUCUGGCGCCCAAGCUAUGCCGAGGACAGCUGUCGGUCACGUGACUGCGACGACGGUGUCCAACCAAGUCUUUCACCAGCACAUUCCCUCCCUGUACUCCCCGCCUUGCUCGGAUUCCAAUAAAGACCUUCCAAAGGUCAUGAUCCCCCUCAGCAGCAUCCCCACCUACGAUGCCGCCAUGGACACCAGCAGCUUUCUAAAGACAUCCUUUGGCAAGUUCCCUUACCCGACCAAAGCUGAGCUCUGCUACCUGACGGUGGUGUCGGAGUUCCCCGAAGAGCAAAUCAAACUGUGGUUCACUGCCCAAAGACUCAAGCAGGGCAUAAGCUGGUCUCCGGAGGAAAUAGAAGAGGCCAGGAGGAAGAUGUUCAACACGGUGUUCCAGGGCAGAGCACCCCAAAAGCAAGCUGCCACACAGCGUCAUGUCAAUCACAUUGUUACUCACCACACCGUAAUGGCCCCUUCGGGUUCCAGAGGACCAAACUUCACCAUGGCUGAAGUCCCCUAUGGUGGAGUGAGAGCCAGGCCCAUCGGAGCCAUCGCCAAGCAGGCCAGCAUGUCAAGCAACCCCCAGGUGACGAGGCUCUCCUACUCCACUCCGCUUCUCGCUCAGAAGGUUCCGUCCCUGGUCAGGACGAUGCCCAUGCCGACCAGGAAUAUUCAGCAAGCCGGCGAGCCGGAGAAGAGCGGCCACGGCGCGGAGGCGGCGUGUCGCAGCAGCAGUAGCAGCAGCACUUGCAGCAGUAGCAGCAGCAGCAUGGCCGGCUAUUCCAGCGGCGCUCCUAGCGCUGAGAAUGCUUCCUGGAAAAACGGCAACAACAGCGGCCCCGCCGACGGCAUCCCCAGCUUCGCUGCCUGCUCCUCCAAAGUUAGCAAUAACGAUUUGCACUAUGUUGCCACUACCCCCAACGACAAGACACGCAAGAGUUUAGUGACGCCACCGGAAGGCUUCAACAGUCACGGCGCCGUGGAAAACACCAGCAACACCAAUCACAACAAUCAUAACAGCGCUGCCGCCAUGGGUCCUCAAGAGCAGGCUGACACCUCGAGGAAGGACGAGCAGCGGCGCAUCAAUCAGAGCAGCGACAGCAGUAUUAGCAAUGAGCAGCGCGCCACCAAAGAUGGCGCUCCCCACCUGAACCACGCCAGCACUUCCACGACUCAAAGCACCACCAGCACCGCCGUCAUCACGCAAAGCAGCUCGGCCGCCACGGACGACGGCAGACGCAGCAGGGAGUUAAGCAUCAAAGGCAUGUCAAUCUUGCAGCAACUUAUCAAGGACGACGACCAUUUUACCGGAAACAGAAGUCGCUCGGAGCAAAAAAUUGAACCCAUCAAAAUCAACUUCAAGAGGCUGAAAAUGAAUGAAAGCGAGAGCGCCUCCGAGACUGCGCAUCAAGAACACAGGUCGGAGAUCGCCGAAGGGUUCUUCUCACCCCCCUGGGCCAACAAGAGCGCCCAGCAGCUGCGCAUCCUCCGCCAGGCUUUCUCCAGCGCACGCUGGCCCAACAGUCAGCAGUACGAGGAGCUGAGCGUACGGACGGGCCUGCCCAAGUCCGAGGUGGUGCGCUGGUUCAGCGACAGCCGCUACAGUCACAAGAACGGGCAGCUCAAGUGGCUGGAGAGCUACCUGCAGCCGGCUGUGGAUGCAGAGGAGGCCGGCGGCAGGGGAGACCUCCAAGCCACACUGCAGAUGAAGCAGCAGACGGCUGCCAAACAGAAACAUCUUGCCGUGAACAAAGCCCUCCAAGGAGAAGGCGAAAUAAACACUGACCAGCGGCUUCGAUGGCAGGAUUUCAACUCGCCGCUGCACGCGCUGAUGGCGGCCGAGGGAAGCGGCGAGCUCAUCAGAGCUGAGACAUCCGCGCAGCCGGGAGUCUUGAAGGACGCCUGGCCGGAAAGAGACCGCCGUCAGCAGCAGCAGCAACAGCACCAGCAGCAGCUAACUGCCACUCAGCCAAUUAUUGAACAACCCAAUGAUGCCAAUCAGACCAGGGAUCGCCUGAGGAUGGAGCUGCUGGAGGUGUGAUGAAGUCGCCGGCGUACAAGGCUGGUUCGCUCCCGAAAUGAGUGUUUGUAAUGACAGCAAAUGUGAUUGUAGCUGGACCGUAAGACUCUGACUGUAACUGUGAAUACCCCCCACCCCCCUUCUCCUUCUCCCAUCCUCUUCCUCCUCCAUCUGCCAUCACUUCCUCCCAUGUCAGAAGAAAGAACUUCUCACCUUCUUCAGUCCUGUGAUGUUUCAGCCUUUCAUGCUUCUUUGUGGUCGUGUGGGGAGGGUGCACAAUGAGGUCAGUGUGAGGGAUCAAAGAAAAGAAAGAGAAGACGCACACUGACUGGAAAACUGACUUGAAUGAACAAAAAUAGGACGGGAUAAGGCCGAGAGAUAAUGUUUUGGGGUCAGCGCCGGAAAUCUAUAUACAGUAUAUGAUCGAAACUGCACUAUAAAAACGGGGUUGUACUGACUGAAUGGACAAAAGAUGUGUCAAAGAAAUGUUAUUGUUGGCUUUGUGAUAUUUUUUACUUUUUUAGCAACCAGUACUUCAGCACUGCCUUGACUUUUACGUUUUUUUUUGCUUUUUUGUUCCGAUUCUCUUUACUUUUCUAGUCACUGUAAGUCCAGAUGCAAUCAAACAUGUUUUAUUUAGACCUGUAUCAAUGUUGGUGAUCACUUUGUGGUUCGGCUACACGCAAGAGACUAUAACAAUGCACUAAUGAAGACAGCAAUGCUCAAAAUCCCACUGCCCCACUGCAAAGGUAUUGACAGCUUUGCCCGGAUCAAUAACCUACAAAGCCCUUGCAAGCUGAACAGAGACAAGCCUGUCACGCUAACGUUGCCUUACUCAGCUCUGUCUAUGUGUUUAUGGCCUGUUUGUCGCAUCAGCUCGCUUUCCAGCUACUGCGCUUUCUGUAAAAAGUUCAAGAAAAAAAAAAAAGCAGAGAGGGGGAGAAAAAAAAAAAAAAAAGCCAGUGCAUCAAGGAUCGCUCGCUGUUGGUCUCUAUCUGUGAAAAAUCGUGUGCUGCUUUCUGUACACUUUGGAGAUGUUUUAAUAUGAGCUGUAACUGUAAUAUUGUAUCAAAUCUUGUGACUGGCCAAUUGUCUUUUGAAAGCUAAAUUACCAAUUGGAUCUUUUGACACUGACAGAGUGAGAUCUGGAGCUAGCUAGAGAGCCAAAUGGGGAGAAAUUCUCUUCUGAAUUUCCUUGUUUAUAUAAACAUACAGUCACUACAUGGAUAUCCUAUUAAGCUGCAUCCUUGUCAAGCUGCUAAUAGCUAAGAACGGUGCUAUACCAUCCAAAGUGAAAUUGGAGGUUCAUCUCCUACCAGCAGUGUAUGCACUUGUGUCGAAUGUUACAAAUUUAUUUUGGUUUGAGAUAAAUAAAAUCUGGACUUACGGUGUAAUGAUCGCUUACAAAAAAAAAAAAAGAACUUUUAUGAAAUAGCCUGAUCAUAAAGCACUGUUGUAUCAUCCUUUCUACACUUUCUCUGAAUCUUUACAGAAUAAACUGAAUACUCACCAA